AUCAAGUGAGUGUUAUACAUAUAAGUAUAAGAAAAAUCUUAAUUAUUCACAUCAUUUGCAACUCGAGUAUCAGUCGAAGAUCAUGGGAAAACAACUGAUGACCUUCGUAGCAGUAUUUGCAGUUUCCAUAGCAAUUGUUUCGGGUAACCCUGGAACUACCAUACAAGACAGUGAAGAAGCUAGACAUUUAUUUCAUUUAGCAGAUAAAAACCAUGACUUCCUGCUAAACCCAGACGAAAUGCAUUCCGUCUUUUUAGACUUUGACUUAAAUAAUGAUACACAUAUCUAUGUGGACGAAUUUAUCAACGAUUGGUUAAAUGACAAUUUGGGAACAGCAUUAGAGGCCGUUACAUUAUUCCAUCAUCUCGAUGUUGAUAACAGUGGUUAUAUCAGCGAGAAUCCAGAUAUGCCCUUCAUUAUGCACUUCUUUGACAGAGAUCUUGAUGGACAUAUCAGUCAAGCAGAGUUUGUUAUCCAGUGGGUGAAGAUUAAAAACUCUUAGAAACCAUGGCAUCGGAAUAUUUCUACCAAAUACAAAUUAUUUCUAAA